UUUACAGUCGAGAUUGCAAUAUCGACCUUCUAACCCAGUUCCAUUUAUAAUAAACAACAUAAAAUUGCGAAAUAAUACAGUGAAAAUCAGAUCAACCAAAGCGCUAAUUGAGCACGAUGAACGGUGCUGGAGUUCUACUGCCCCUCGCCAACACUACCACCGACGCAUUCCGGCGCGUACCUCUUUUAACAACCAGAAUCACAAGAAAAUCAUCCUCCUCGACCAGAAAUUCUCUUGUAAUUGAGGCCGUGGAAGGCCAGGCCUCGCCUGAUACUCCGGCUGAACCAGUUGCCCGCCGCCUCAUAUUGCUCCGCCAUGCCCACAGUUCCUGGGAAAAUCGUUCCCUCCGGGACCAUGAUCGCCCUUUAAGUAAAUCUGGACAAGCUGAUGCAGUCAAAGUCUCCCACAAACUUCAACAAUUGGGCUGGAUUCCUGAACUAAUACUCUCAAGUGAUGCACGGCGGACAAGGGAAACGCUGAAAAUUAUGCAGGAGCAAGUUCUAGGCUUUCUGGAAGCCAAGGUUCAUUUCAUUUCAAGCUUUUACUCCAUCGCAGCAAUGGAUGGACAGACAGCUGAGCAUCUUCAGCAGGCUAUCUGUAAAUACUCAAAGGAUGAUAUACUUACGGUCAUGUGUAUGGGGCAUAAUAGGGGUUGGGAGGAGGCAGCCUCUGUGUUAUCUGGUGCCUCCAUAGAACUGAAAACUUGCAAUGCUGCUCUGCUUGAAGCUGCUGGAAAAUCAUGGGAAGAGGCAUUUUCCGCAGCGGGAUUUGGCGGUUGGAAGCUCCAGGCUGUUGUGAAACCUGACUGAUUUUUAGCACUCGAUUCAGUAUACCAAAAUAUAAUCAUAGCUUUGGACCAUGCAUACAGACCAGAGCAUACAUUAAAUUUAUGGCUGGGAGUACAGGAAAUGCAGGUUCGCCUUUCCUGGCUUUCUAUCAUAAUUGGCAUCAAAAUGUUAAUAUCUUCCCUACCAAGUAAACCGUACUUGUGACCAAACCUAUCAUUUGGAUAAGAGAUGGAAUGAGAAGAUGUUGAAACAGAAAUAACAUCAUCAUUAACUGUUGAUUUAGCUUUGGUGCUGAAUCAACGUUGUCUGUGCAGAGUGUAAUUCUGUUAUGCUUCUCAACAAAAUUUGUGGCAAAUCAUUGAACUCGGAAAGGUACGAAAUUGACUCGUAUAUAUCCAAAUUUUGACAAAAUUGUAACUUGUAAAGGCAUAAUUAACUUCUUAUGUUGUAAUAAUCAACGCUUUAUCAUGUAAUGAAUCAAGAUGGUACGCAGUCAUUGACAACUUUAAAUCAUGUGCGGUCCAUGUUUGCUCA